GUUGUAUAUUAUGCGGCCAGCUCCCGCGUAGCCUUGGCGAGUCUUGAUGAUCAGUCUCAUACCUUCUUCCAGCUGUGAACAACUCGCCUCACCUUGAGCAUCACCUUCUCGCCAACAGCACUUGCUCAAAUCGACGACCAAAUCUACUUGGUAUUAUCUGAAAUAACCAUCAUUGGCACGUACUAUACCAGCAUCAGCUGCGACAAACCGACACGAUGGCUCCCAUCCACCACUCCUGGAAUUUCAACAUCGACCGGUUCCUUAAUCCAUUCAUCCCACCUCCGCCAUGGAACCACAUCCCCUACCCAAUCGCCUACUGGUUUGGCUACCGCAAGACAAAGCCUCAGGGAACGGGCAACUUGAUGCCCAUCUUCUGGGCCUUCCUCGGCAUCUUUGGUGCUAUUGCCAUGAUUGAGGCUGUAGGCAAGCAUGUCGCCUCGUUCCCACCCCACCACGUGCCUCUGAUCGUGGGCAGUUUUGGUGCUGCAGCUGUCCUCGAGUUCUACGCAAUUGAAUCACCUCUUGCCCAACCGCGAAAUGCCAUCGGUGGACAAGUCAUCUCCGCCAUCAUUGGCUGUGCUGUGGGCAAACUUUUCCUCCUCAGUGACAACUUCGAAGACAUCAAAUGGCUCGGCGGCGCCUUGGCUUGCGCUUCUGCUACCGCUCUCAUGGCACUGACCAAGACCGUGCACCCUCCGGCUGGCGCAACUGCGUUAUUGGCUGUUGUUGAUCCAACUCUUAUCCAAGUCGGAUGGUUUCUGAUCCCCGUCAUGUUGUUGGGUUGCAGUUUGAUGCUCGGUGCUGCGCUUCUUAUUAACAACAUCGAGCGCCAGUUUCCCGUCUAUUGGUGGGCUCCCGAAGAUUUGAGACAGCCCAAUUCCAUGUUUCGCCGCCGAACAUCCAAGAAGAAGGCUGAAGAAGCUGCGACCAAGCCUGAGGAUGCGAGCAGCGGGGAUGCAAGAUACGUCUCGGAUGUGGAGGCCAAUGCCGCUACCGAGAAUGAGCUGGAAAAGGAAGAUACCAUCCAUGCUGCUGAUAUCAUCAUCAAGCCGGGACAAGUCAUUGUGCCCGAGCACGUCUACCUCACCCAGGAAGAGCAGCAGUAUCUGGAAACGAUAUGCAAACGUCUCUAAACGAAUAUUUCCACAUACUACAACCACAUCAGCAUCGGCGUCACAUGGCGGAGGGCUAAGCUGUGACGCCGCUCGACGACUUACUCAUGCAUUUUUGUUGGCCAGUUGAUGCAUCCAUCACGAAGCAUGGCGUUUUACCCACGAGUACUAUUUUACACUAAUUAAUGAUGUCUGCCUUGGCGACUUAUGAGAUACCAUAUAUAGUUUCUUUCUCUUUCUUCUAUCAAAAGCAAAAUACAGUAUAUGAAAACUCUUGUUCUC